AACCCGAUGCUCCCUGCUGUUGCAAGCACGCUCCUCCAACGCAAAGGCUUCUGGGAAAUGUAUUCGAAGAUUUGACAGUCUCCUCACCAGCAUGGAAGUCGCCACAGAAAGCAUGGAAGUAAAAAAUGGAAAUUCAUCGGAACCAGUGGACGACAGAUGCUCAGAUAACGAUUUUGGACCUUCAAUACUUGGAACGAAAGAAUAUUGGGAAGAGGCAUACCAAAAAGAACUUGAGACAUUCACAGACAUUGGGGAUGUUGGUGAGAUAUGGUUUGGUGAGGAGAGCAUGAGCCGUGUGCUGCGAUGGAUGGACAAAGCGAAGAUCCCAGAAAAUGCUUCCAUUCUUGACAUUGGCACUGGAAAUGGAGCCUUUUUAGUUGAACUGGCUAAACACGGAUACAGGAAUCUGACCGGUAUAGAUUAUUCUCCGGCGUCUGUGGAAUUGUCCAAAAACGUUCUGCAGGCAGAGGACUUGACGGAUGUCCCUGUAAAGGAGCUGGAUUUCUUAAACUGCCAAGGGGAGCUAAAGGGUUUUGAUGUCUGCAUCGACAAAGGGACAUUUGAUGCAAUAAGCUUAAACCCAGACAACUCCGUGGAGGGCAAAAAACUCUACGUCCAAGCUCUUAAAGAUGCUCUCAAGGACAAAGGAUUUUUUGCUGUCACUUCCUGUAACUGGACAAAAGAGCAGCUGCUAGACCGAUUCAGUGAAGGUUUUGAGUUUGUACAGGAUUUGCCAUCACCCAGUUUCCAAUUUGGAGGCAAGACGGGAAACAGUGUGACAGCACUCAUCUUCAAGCGAGUACAUUGAUGCACAAGUCCCCAAAGACUAUGGGACUCUGCACGUUUUUCUGCUUAUCACAGGAAAUCCACCUUUGCAGACUUUUUAUACAAGACCUGAUUAUAUAGUUGUGUAACUAUAAACUAUGUGUAAGGAAGCAGAUCUGCAGUGUAACUGAGUGGGACGAUUCUCUUGAAAUAAAUUAAUCAAUCUUUGUUUUGUUGCCGUCGUAUUAACUUUGCAUUGAUCCACAAUACUUUAGGAACCUGUUGUGUAUAUAUAUGCAUAUAAAACUGGUCUGUAAUAGAGUUUUGCAGAAAAUUAAGUUUUAUUCAAGCAAUUUUUCAGUCUUUGUUCGGUGAGUUCUCACAGGCCUAGAGGUUAAAACUCAUUCUGUAUUCAUUUUGUAAAAGUGCUUGAAGGGAACGAAGAUAUAAACAAUCAUUUGGACUGAACAUUUUUUCCCUGUUUUCCAUAAAUCAUCUUAUAGCUCCUCAAAUUACUUUGCCAGGACCCUGUUGAGAUUGUUUGAAAACCACUGUUCUGUCUUACCAGGUAGUUAAUUGCAUCCAUCUUUCAUGUCAUGUGAAAAAUAGCCCAUACCUAAUUGGCUAAACUGGAAACCAGCAGAGCUUGGGGUCCCGAGGACUUUUGACAAAAAGAAUAAACAAGAGGCCAUGCUUUCU